AUGAAACACAGUACUAGGACUAAGAGUAACAGCUGGUCCGAAACCGUCCGACCUGCUGCGAACGUGACCUAUUCCCACCAUAAUCGAGGAUGCUCCAAAAAACGGAAUGGCCACGCGAACAUCACCCGAACCGAGAAGAGUGCUAAGAUCGAGGAGUCGUCCCCGAUAGGGAAAGGCAUAGGGCCGGGGCUGCGAGAAGUGAAACUCUGGUACACUAACGCAAGCAGCCUCGGGAUAUCGGCAGGUGUACUAACUAAAUUCAAUCAAUACCGACAGGAUCGGGGGGAUGGACGACAAGGGGGAGGUGCCCUGCUACUAGUAGAUAGGGAAUAUGUUCAAUGGGAACACCCCAGCGCCAUCAAUACACCUAAUAUCCAGGCAAUCGGCUGCCAAAUCAUCAUCGACCGUAAGCAAAUAGGUAUCAUGUGUGUUUAUAGGGCACCGAUGGCUGAACCCGCUGAAACUGAUUCUAUGCUCGACGCCCUGAGCUCCUUCGUGGAGUCAUCUAAGCAGUUUUAUGUGGGAAAUGGGUCUGAAAAAUUCCUUGACUGGGUGUACAGCAAAGCGUACACUCAACAUGUCCACAAACCGACUAGAUUCCGAGAGGGCUGUGAGCCAUCGUUACUAGACCUGGUGGUCACACGCUAUGAGAAUGAUGUUUCAGACAUAACGUUCAGCGAUCCCUUGGGGAAAAGCGACCACUGUGUGGUCCAACUGACGAUUCCUAUAGAUACUAGAAGCAGGAUUUGCAAAUAUAAGAGGAACUAUCACCACAUUGACGAAACCCGCCUAAUUACCGCGGCGAGAGAAAUGAGGUGGUAUCCGGAGGGUACAGAUACAGGUGUUGAGGCUAGAUGGCAAUGCAUAAGAGAGGGUAUUGCACAACUCACGGAAAGGUUUGCACCGCUCGAGAUCCCAAGGCUUCGUAGCCGUCCAAAGUGGUGGAAACCGAGAGUCGCAAGGGCAAUAAGACAUAGAACCAAGUGUUGGAGGUACUAUUGGCAUAACAGUAGUACAGCGGCUUGGGAGAGGUACAAGACUGCGCGUAACAAAGCACAGGCCGUACAAAGGAGGGCUAAGCGAACGUAUGAAGAGCUCAUUGCUUCGAGGGUCAAAGACAACCCGAAGGUUUUCUACGCCUAUGCCCAAGACAGCAAGAAAACGAGGGAAGAUGUAGGCGUCCUAGAAGUAGGUACAACCAGGGUGAUCGCGACGGUACCAACACUCACUACCUUCGAAAUAACUGUAGACGAUGUAAGCAGGGAACUAACGAGCCUAGAUAGACAUAAGGCAGCUGGAGAGGAUGGUCUGCACCCAGCGAUCAUCAAACCUCUUUCGGAGGUACUCAGUGCCCCAAUCAAGGAGCUCUACCGACUGUCUAUGGAUACGGGAAUUCUGCCAAAUGACUGGAAGAAAGCACAAGUUGUCGCCAUCCAUAAGUCGGGGUCUAAGAAAUUAGCUAAAAAUUAUAGGCCAGUUAGUCUUACGAGGUUAGAUGUAGGACUGCCGGUAGAGGUCUGUUAUAUGGACUUCAGCAAAGCUUUCGACUCAGUUUCCCACAAGUUGUUGGCGCAGAAGCUCCUUGGAUUCGGUCUGGCAGGCUCCUUAUACUCUUGGAUAGUUGACUUCCUCAGCGGUAGAACCUUUCACGUCCGAGUAGGCGGAGCGAGCUCAGAGAGUGCUCAG